AUGACGGUUGUCCCACCUCCCCACGUGGUGCAUGGAGGUGUCCAGAACCCGCCAUCCGAGCAGUGGACCUCUUUCGAAUGGGAAGAGCCAACGCUUGGAAAGCAGGUCCAUGGAGAAGUCACUGUCAUACGCACAGAGGGCUCCUCUGGCUCCCUGACAGCCGGCUUCUGGAGGACCGGCCCAACAUCCCCUGGCGCAUCGAACGACGGUUCCCAUCAAGUCGUCUACUCUUCCCCCCUUGGCGAUGAAACGGCCUGCAUCAUCGACGGCACAGUGACUCUCACGGUGCCCUCCACCGGCGGGCGCUUCGAAGCCGGUCCUGGCUCCAUCAUCAGCUCCCCCAAGGGCCUUGAAGUCCACUGGGACAUCAAGGCUCCAGCCUUCAAGAAGUAUUGGUGCAUCUGGAGCGGCACAAGCCCGACCGACGACCCACCCAAGCAGUUGACUGUCCAUCACGUCACCGACAACCCUGAGAAAUGGGAAGACUAUCACUUCACCGAGCCGAAGGAAGGUCCGCAAGUUGCUGGAGAGCUGUUCUUUAUUCGCACAGGCGGCUCGUCCGGCACGAUGCUGAGUGGCAUCUGGAGGUCCGGUAAAGGCAUCGCGGGGACGAAUGUUGAUGAGAAAGGCACACUGGUGACGCCAUACACGGGGAUUUUGGGUGAUGAGACGAUACUGCUGUUGGAAGGGCGGGUCACUGUGGUCGAGACCGAGACUGGAAAGACUCACCAUUUCAAGGCUGGCGAUGUAAUUGGGCUUACUUCUGGUGUGCAUGUCACUUGGACUUCUCAUGGACCAUUCACCAAGAAGCUUUGGGUCAUCACCCGUGACGCAAUUUAG